ACUGACUGAAGCUUCUAAGGGUACCACCGUCAUCUAUGCUAUCAAGAAACACCACUGUCAGAGCUCAUUCUCAGACUGAACCAUCAGAACGACCCUACUAGUACAGAAGUAGAUCUUUAGCCUUCAGCCUUCAGGUGGAAAUUAUGACAUCUGAGCAGCUGCUUUGGCUCUUGUUGGUGCUGCGAUCUGUUGUCUGCAAUGACUCAGAUCCUAUGGAAUGUCCACUGAUGAUCCAGCCUCCCAGAGUGGUGGUGAGACAUGGAGAUCCAGUAUCAGUGAACUGCACCAUUUCAGGAGAUCAUGAUGGAAUGGGCUGGGAGGCAUCAGAGGGAUCUGUUGACAAGACAGAAGGUGUCCAGUUUCUCACCUGGGGUUUGGAGACCCUGACAGAGUGGGAUAUACGACCUAAAUGCUUCGGAGACUUUCGGAUCGCUCCAAACACAUAUUCAGAGUGUGACAAAAGGCUCAAUAUUACAGUGUACAAGCCUCCAGACAGUGUUUCCAUCAGUGUUGUGGACCACAAAGGCCCAAUGCUGGAGGGGAAACAGUACCAGCUGCAGUGUAAGGUCCAGAACAUCGCUCCUGUUCAGUACCUCACUGUGAAGUGGUACAAAGGAGAAACAUUAUAUAACGAAACUGCCUAUGAUGAUCUCACUAAGACUCCAGUGAAUGUGUCCUCUACCCUCCUGAUCACACCCAUCAGUGCUGAUGAUGGAGCACAGUACAGCUGUGUGGCAGAGCUGGAACUGGGACCUGAAGGACCACAACCUUCACCUGAAGUGAAAUCUGAUCCCCUCAGCAUCACUGUGCUCUAUAAACCCAGGAUCACUGAGUGCCCGGCCCAAGAGAAGCUGAGGGAAAGUGAAACUCUGGAUACUUUGGUCUCCUGUAGAGCUGAGGGGAACCCUUCUCCCAUGGUCACAUGGUACAUAGACCAAUCAGAGUUCAACAGCUCCACUCCACUAACCAAAAGAGAUGGAGGGCAGUACACCUUCAUAGCCAAGAACAGUUAUGGAACAGCCAAUCACACCCUGGAGAUUGAAGUUCUCUAUCCACCAACAUUUGAGCUGGAGAGGGAGGAGGUGAAUGUAACCCAGGGAGAUGAGGUGAUUUUGGAGUGUCUGGCUGAGGGAAAUCCCACUCCUGAACUCACCUGGAACACGACUGCUGCUGAGAAUCCACAUGUGUCCACCAGAGGGCGACAGAGUAAUGCCACCAUCAGCAGAGCAACAUCAGCCAACGCUGGUGUCUACACCUGCUAUGCAACAAAUAACCUGGGCACGGCAUCCAAGACUGUCACUGUCACUGUGAAGGAAACGGAUGCUGCAGAAAGCGCAGAUCCUAUGGAAUGUCCACUGAUGAUCCAGCCUCCCAGAGUGGUGGUGAGACAUGGAGAUCCAGUGUCAGUGAACUGCACUGUUUCAGGAGAUCAUGAUGGAAUCGGCUGGGAGGCAUCACAGGGAUCUGUUGACAAGGCAGAAGUUGUCCAGUUUGUCACCUGGGGUUUAAAAACUCUGAGAGAGUGGGAUAUACGACCUAAAUGCUUCGGAGACUUUCUGAUCGCUCCAAACACAUAUUCAGAGUGUGACAAAAGGCUCAAUAUUACCGUGUACAAGCCUCCAGACAGUGUCUCCAUCAGUGUUGUGGACCACAAAGGCCCAAUGCUGGAGGGGAAACAGUACCAGCUGCAGUGUAAGGUCCAGAACAUCGCUCCUGUUCAGUACCUCACUGUGAAGUGGUACAAAGGAGAAACAUUAUAUAAAGAAACUGCCUAUGAUGAUCUCACUAAGACUCCAGUGAAUGUGUCCUCUACCUUCCUGAUCACACCCAUCAGUGCUGAUGAUGGAGCACAGUACAGCUGUGUGGCAGAGCUGGAACUGGGACCUGAAGGACCACAACCUUCACCUGAAGUGAAAUCUGAUCCCCUCAGCAUCACUGUGCUCUAUAAACCCAGGAUCACUGAGUGCCCGGCCCAAGAGAAGCUGAGGGAAAGUGAAACUCUGGAUACUUUGGUCUCCUGUAGAGCUGAGGGGAACCCUUCUCCCAUGGUCACAUGGUACAGAGACCAAUCAGAGUUCAACAGCUCCACUCCACUAACCAAAAGAGAUGGAGGGCAGUACACCCUCAUAGCCAAGAACAGUUAUGGAGCAGCCAACCACACCCUGCAGAUUGAAGUUCUCUAUCCACCAACAUUUGAGCUGGAGAGGGAGGAGGUGAAUGUAACCCAUGGAGAGGAGGUGAUUCUGGAGUGUCUGGCUGAGGGAAAUCCCACUCCUGAACUCACCUGGAACACGACUGCUGCUGAGAAUCCACAUGUGUCCACCAGAGGGCGACAGAGUAAUGCCACCAUCAGCAUCAGCAGAGCAACAUCAGCCAACGCUAGUGUCUACACCUGCUAUGCAACAAAUAACCUGGGCACGGCGUCCAAGACUUUCACCGUCACUGUGAAGGAAACGGAUGCUGCAGAAAGCGAUCCUAUGGAAUGUCCACUAAUGAUCCAGCCUCCCAGAGUGGUGGUGAGACAUGGAGAUCCAGUGUCAGUGAACUGCACUGUUUCAGGAGAUCAUGAUGGAAUCGGCUGGGAGGCAUCACAGGGAUCUGUUGACAGGGCAGAAGGCGUCCAGUUUGUCACCUGGGGUUUAAAAACUCUGAGAGAGUGGGAUAUACGACCUAAAUGCUUCGGAGACAUUCGGAUCUCUCCAAACACAUCUUCAGAAUGUGACAAAAGGCUCAAUAUUACAGUGUACAAGCCUCCAGACAGUGUCUCCAUCAGUGUUGUGGACCACAAAGGCCCAAUGCUGGAGGGGAAACAGUACCAGCUGCAGUGUAAGGUCCAGAACAUCGCUCCUGUUCAGUACCUCACUGUGAAGUGGUACAAAGGAGAAACAUUAUAUAAAGAAACUGCCUAUGAUGAUCUCACUAAGACUCCAGUGAAUGUGUCCUCUACCUUCCUGAUCACACCCAUCAGUGCUGAUGAUGGAGCACAGUACAGCUGUGUGGCAGAGCUGGAACUGGGACCUGAAGGACCACAACCUUCACCUGAAGUGAAAUCUGAUCCCCUCAGUAUCACUGUGCUCUAUAAACCCAGGAUCACUGAGUGCCCGGCCCAAGAGAAGCUGAGGGAAAGUGAAACUCUGGAUACUUUGGUCUCCUGUAGAGCUGAGGGGAACCCUUCUCCCAUGGUCACAUGGUACAUAGACCAAUCAGAGUUCAACAGCUCCACUCCACUAACCAAAAGAGAUGGAGGGCAGUACACCCUCAUAGCCAAGAACAGUUAUGGAGCAGCCAAUCACACCCUGCAGAUUGAAGUUCUCUAUCCACCAACAUUUGAGCUGGAGAGGGAGGAGGUGAAUGUAACCCAUGGAGAGGAGGUGAUUCUGGAGUGUCUGGCUGAGGGAAAUCCCACUCCUGAACUCACCUGGAACACGACUGCUGCUGAGAAUCCACAUGUGUCCACCAGAGGGCGACAGAGUAAUGCCACCAUCAGCAUCAGCAGAGCAACAUCAGCCAACGCUAGUGUCUACACCUGCUAUGCAACAAAUAACCUGGGCACGGCGUCCAAGACUUUCACCGUCACUGUGAAGGAAACGGAUGCUGCAGAAAGCGCAGAUCAUAUGGAAUGUCCACUGAUGAUCCAGCCUCCCAGAGUGGUGGUGAGACAUGGAGAUCCAGUGUCAGUGAACUGCACUGUUUCAGGAGAUCAUGAUGGAAUCGGCUGGGAGGCAUCACAGGGAUCUGUUGACAGGGCAGAAGGCGUCCAGUUUGUCACCUGGGGUUUAAAAACUCUGAGAGAGUGGGAUAUACGACCUAAAUGCUUCGGAGACAUUCGGAUCUCUCCAAACACAUCUUCAGAAUGUGACAAAAGGCUCAAUAUUACAGUGUACAAGCCUCCAGACAGUGUCUCCAUCAGUGUUGUGGACCACAAAGGCCCAAUGCUGGAGGGGAAACAGUACCAGCUGCAGUGUAAGGUCCAGAACAUCGCUCCUGUUCAGUACCUCACUGUGAAGUGGUACAAAGGAGAAACAUUAUAUAAUGAAACCUCCUAUGAUGAUCUCACUAAGACUCCAGUGAAUGUGUCCUCUACCCUCCUGAUCACACCCACCAGUGCUGAUGAUGGAGCACAGUACAGCUGUGUGGCAGAGCUGGAACUGGGACCUGAAGGACCACAACCUUCACCUGAAGUGAAAUCUGAUCCCCUCAGCGUCCCUGUGCUCUAUCCACCAAAAUUUGAUCUGGAGAGGAAAGAGGUGAAUAUAACCCAGGGAGAUGAGGUGAUUCUGGAGUGUCUGGUUGAGGGAAAUCCCACUCCUGAACUCACCUGGAACACGACUGCUGCUGAGAAUCCACAUGUGUCCACCAGAGGGCGACAGAGUAAUGCCACCAUCAGCAUCAGCAGAGCAACAUCAGCCAACGCUGGUGUCUACACCUGCUAUGCAACAAAUAACCUGGGCACGGCGUCCAAGACUUUCACCGUCACUGUGAAGGAAACAGAUGCUGCAAAAAGGGGCUACAUCCAUUUUUGGAUUUUUUUUUUUGUGGUAAUAUUCAUACUGGUGGUGCUGCUCCUCUGGAUUAGAAAACGUUUGAACCGUCAAGGGGUAUAUAACGUCACACCAAGAAGCUCUGCUGGGAGGAGGGAAGAAAGUAUACCGCUGGCGCCGUGCAAUGGUAAUGGGAGCAGCUCCUGCACCUAGAGCACUGUGGAGCUCCAGACCAGCCAUUGGCACACUGAAUUGAGGGAUAGAGCCAGUAAGUAGAGCACUAUACUGAGGGAAGGAGCCAUUAAUUAGAGCAAUGAACUGCAGGGUGAAGCCAAAUUGUUGACACAAGGCAGAAUGGCUCCAUGGAUUCGUGCCAUUUGUAUUCCAACGGUCUUCCAAUCAUUUAGUUUUGGCAAUCACAUACCCAGUUCAACCUCAUCUUCCUGUUCUGAGCUCACAGUAGUGGGACUUGGUCUUCUGCUACUGUAGCCCAUCUGCUUCAGGUUUUGAUGCAUUGUGCAUUCAGAGAUGGCCUUCUGCACAUUGCUGUUAUAAAAAGCAGUUUUUUUAGCAUUUGUGUCCAUUCUUUACUGAACUUUCACGCACAGAACUGCUUCUCACUGGAUGUUUUUGCUAUAGCACCCUUCUAUGCAAACCCAAGAGACUGUAGUGUGUAACAUUUCCAGGAGGGCAGCUGUUUCUUAGAUGCUGCAACCACCACGUCUGCCUCCAGCCUUCAUACCAUGGUCAACGUUGCUUAGAUCACACACCUUGCCCUUUCUAAUGCUUAAAAACAACUGCCACACUAUUUGGUUUGUAGGGGUAGGCUAUCUGUGUUCAUUUGCAUACUUAAUAAAGUGACCAUUUGGUCUAUA